CGAAGGUCAUCUUGACCUGUGUUUCCCCCAUUCUCCCUCUCUGCUCUUAUCCCGUUCUCAAAAGACAUGCCCCACGACGGUGGCCCCGAGAAAGCCAACGGCGAUGAUGCCUCAAGCAUUCGCCAGCGCAAGAACCCUAUCCUCUCUGGAGACUCCAAGGCACUAAUCGUCAACGAGGGUCACAUCGUGUUCAGCGAGCAUGGUAGGAAAAUGGACAAGAAACUGGAUUCUCACCAGACCUGGGAGUUCGGUGGUCCAACUGGUGUCACGGCAAUGAUCGUUGGCUUCCCCAUCCUAAUGUACUAUCUAUGGAUCUGCUUGUGGUUUUAUAACGGCCAACUUGUCCAUCCGAAGUCUAUCGAUGACAUUAUGCCCUUCUUCGAUCGUAUGUGGCAGCACAUCAAGCAGGAUGCUGCCCCGACACCGUACACGUUCGCCAUCUACACCAGCCUAAUGGCCAUACAGCUCUUGCUUGCAUUCAUCAUGCCCGGCUACAAACAGGAGGGUCUCCCUGUUCCCUCACUCAACUAUAAGACUUUAACGUACAACUGCAAUGCUCUGGCCUCUUGGUACGCCACCCUCGCCAUCGCGGCCGGCCUUCAUCUCAGUGGUGUUUUCCGCCUCACCGAGAUCAUUGACAACUUCGGGUCGCUCAUGACCGUAUCGAUGAUCUGGGCGAAUGUUGUCUCGACCUACAUGUACGUUUCGACCAUCGCCCGAGGCGAACAACUCCGCAUGUCAGGCAACACCAUCUACGACUUUUUCAUGGGUGCCUGCUUGAAUCCACGUAUCGGCUCCGUAGAUUUGAAGAUGUGGGCAGAGGUUCGCAUCCCUUGGGUGCUUCUCUUCUUGAUCUCCAUCUCGGGUGCUUGCAAGCAAUACGAAACAUAUGGAUACAUUACACCGAACAUGGCUUUCAUGGUUCUCGCCACCGGCUUGUACAUCAAUGCUUGCGCGAAAGGCGAAGAAUGUAUCCCCCAAACCUGGGAUAUGUUCCACGAGAAGUGGGGAUGGAUGAUCAUCUUUUGGAACUUUUCCGGAGUUCCUUUCACCUACUGCUACUCUAUCGUGUAUAUGGCCGCCAACGACCCCAAGAAGUAUGAGUUCUCUACCCCAACAUACAUCGCUCUCUAUACCACGCUGCUAUGUGCAUACUACGUGUUUGACUCGUCGAUGUCGCAGAAGAGCCGUUUCCGCAUGCAAAUGCAGGGAACUUACCAAUAUCGCUGGACCUUCCCCCAGCUUCCCUGGGGCACCCUGGACAAUCCUCAGUACAUCCAAACUGAGCAUGGUAACCGCCUCCUGAUCAGUGGAUGGUGGGCCUUUGCCCGCAAGCCUAACUAUACUGCGGAUUGGAUCCAGAGUCUGACUUGGGGGUUAUGCAUUGGGGCUGCCUCACCCAUUCCAUAUUUCUAUCCAUUAUUCUUCAUGGCGGUUCUAAUCCACCGCUGUGGUCGUGACUUUGAGAGAUGCGAGCGGAAAUAUGGCAAAGACUGGGACAAGUACUGUUCCAUCGUCAAGUGGCGAUUCAUUCCGGGAAUCUACUAAAUUGCCAGGGUAUCUGCCAUAUAAUAGAAGUGCAUACCUCCUCCCCAACUGGGAGAGAACAGACUUUUACCAAUAACAUAAUAGGCCUCCACUAUUCAAAUGGCAUAUUCUCCGCAUCGAGAGAGAGAGUUGCCCAGUUAGACCGCAGUUGUCCGACGAAAUCGCGCUCCUCCCGAGCAAAGGUCUGCGUGGCCAAGCUGACCAAUGCGUUCUCUCGGUUAUGCAACACAACACGCAACUCAUGCCACAUGCAGUGGCGGAUAAACACUCUUCUGGCGAGCUGAGCAGAAAUGGUGGCUUGAUCAUGCUCGAUGCUACCCAAAAUCUUGUCGGCUUCAGUUUCCCAGCCGUCUUUCUGGACAGCUUUGACCUGUUCGAGUUUCUUUGAGCUCAUAUCAACGUGCUUCCGCAGUUUUUCCACUUGAUCGACGGACAAACGAUCAUGUCGUAUAAAGAGAUCGCGAACGGCAAGAUAUAGAUCACGUUCCAUUUUCAAUGACUCGAGAGUUGUUAACAUUAAACUCCGCGCACGUUGUUCAACAGCAUCAGCUUGUGUUUGCAAGGAUGCCGACACUUGAGCCAAGCCACUCCGAACACCCACGCAUAGGUCACAACCAUCGUGGUCAUGGGGGCUUCUCCAGCAGGUAUGAUUCACCUCUGUCAGAGUAUUCAGGGUCAUGGUGAGCCUGGACAAGUCGGCAGCCGCGCCUUCUCGUCGCUUCACAAGACGCUCCGUCGUUGCACAAAUCCGAUUCCACUGCUCAAUUAACGCUGGAAUUUUAUUUCGGACAAUGCUGAGCUUCUCUUCCAGGUCGCUUGGUAUGCUCAUUUCCUCCACAGCGUCGACUCGCUUUGAAUAGGAUUCUUCGUCCAAGGAGAUGGAACUGUGCUUUCGCCACGCCUCGAACGAUGGCUCUGUCAGAAACACUGCAACGAGGCCAUCUUCUUUCAAAACCGGGUGAUUCGCAAUGAAAUUAAUGAAGCGGGUAAGGCCCUUGCGGCGCUGCUCAAGGAAUGCAUCGUCGGGCCCUAUCCGCUUCGGAGGGAGGCUGCUGAUGAUUCGAAACGGGUAUCUCCGCAACAGGCAGUCGUACAAGAACACAAACUCAGAGUAUCGGCGUGUGACGGGAGCGCCUCUGUCUGAUUGGAUCUGAUACACCAAGUAGCGAUUGAGAAUGAAGCCUUGCUUUUCUGGCACGAGGGUGACGAUUAUAUUCUCCUGCUUCUUCCACCACUCCCUGGGCAACCCGGGACCGCUGACCGUGCUCGCCCCACCUGUUGCAAUGCCGCCAAGCGCAGUGGGAGAGGCGGAAGUUGCGUCUUGUUGUCUGUUGGAUACACUCCAUGGAUCCGUCUCAGAAUAGGCGGGGGCGGGCACUGACGUUGGCGACAUCGGUACGAUCGAAGACAAUUGAAGCGAAGGUGAUGGUAGAGCAGACUGGACUGCCAGGGCAGCAACUUGCUCAAUCGAUACGUCCUUUCCUUGCUGAGCAAGCCCAACCAAGGCAAGAGCAACGAAAAACUCGAGCUUUGAUACACGAGGACGCGAAGAAACGAGAUUGACUAUCCUUUCAAUAGUCGCAGCCGGAAGAUGAGACGUAGAUAACACUCUGUGCAAUGAAUUUAGUGAAACGUCGCCAGUUCCAGUAGGGUCUGCCGAAGCCAGUG